GCGGAACCAGAAGGCGAUGGGUCCAUUUGAAUGGGACGGCACAUUGCUAUUCCGUCGCCAUGAAAGUUCGAGAGGUCGUACAUGAAACGAGGCAGGUCUCAUCAGGUUCUCCGAAUGCCCGUGUGAUAUGUAUGGGACGGCAGGUGAUCCGUUUGAGAAGGUCCAUGGAUAUCAUUUGGUAAUUCAUGAACAAGCCACUGGUGCUGCUUUCCCGCAUCAAAUUGGACUUGCGCAAGCUGGUCUCGCACGCAUCAGGCACUCCAGAGUCCAGACAGCACAGAUCCCUACCUGGCACUCUCUCAACUCGGCAUGUAUUUCUGUGUUCUACCAGCGCGCAUUCUUCGAUGGACGAGAACGAGCCCAUCACACGCUUCUCUCACCUGGAUCUCAGCUUCGCCGACAGUGGAAUUUCGGGUGACAUAUCCCCUGGGAGGCAUUCGUGCCGCUGACAGAGCAGCCUAUUUUUUGUUAUGCAGUC